UCAGAAUAAUCCACAACAAAAAUGGGAAACGAAAACUCAUCACUUGUAAAAAUUCGAAGAGGAAGCAAAGAGCCAAAUGUGAUUAUCGAAUGUGUCGACUCGAAAAAAGACCAUCUGAGCACUCCGGUGUAUCGAAAGAAAUCAAGGAGAAGUGUGAGUCAAUCGAGACCAACUUCUAUUAUUGAACCACCAAAACGAAGUAUCGUACCUCCGAUUCCUGCACUUAUUAAAGGGCAAUUGUCUGGAGACGAUUCAAUUAGUAUUGGAUCCAGGAAAAGUUCUGUUUCCAAUUUCCGACUAUCAAGCGACGGUUCCGGUGAUUCAUUGUUAAGUCCAUUGACUGCUUCAUCUAACGAUCGACGCAGAAGUCGAAGUUUGUGUUCUGCCCAAAUGAAGGACGACGCACAGGCGGUAGCUGCACAACAAAACAAAGAUGAUAAAACUGGAGGAAGUGGUGGAAGGAAGGCAAGUAGUGGAUUGGUACCAUCACUUAAUAGACUACGAAUUCAACAAUGUUUUAAAGCAGCAAAACCAUCAAUCGGUGAUGCAAUAAUGAAAAGAGCGGCAGCGUCGCGAGCGGAAAUGAGAACAAUGUUAUCGAAAAUGAAUGAGAAACAAAUCGAAUGUCUGGGCAAACAAAUGUUCGAAUUGAUUACUGAUGCUGUCGAAAAUGCUGAUAAGUCCGAGAAGGUUCUCACACACGCCCGACAACUCGGUGGAACAUAUGCAUCUUUAUGUCCUUUGGGCUUCCGACCUGAUCUCUUCGCCCCUCUUGCUGAUGCAGCAAUUGCAGAAUGUGUCAAACUUGAUGGAGUUCAUAAAAGAUGUGAAACAUUGUCUGCAUGGAGCCAACUAUUCUCUGCUUUGUUCACUGGUGUACGAGAUGGUUAUUAUCAAAGAGUACGGCAUCAGAGAAGAACUUCGUUACCGCAGAAUACUAUCACGAAACAGCUUUCCGUCGACUUUUCGAAAACAUCCGACACGAGCUUCGUCCGAUAAAUACCUGAAGCCUUCAAUAAUUGUUUCCAACUAUUUUUCUCUUCAUAAGAUAAUCUCAUCAAUUUUUGCUGUAAAUAGUUUUUUCUUCACUGAAAAAAGAAAAGCACAUUUCCAUUUCAAUUUCUCAUCUUCUUCCUUUCAUCCAGGGUUUGUGUAUGUUGAUCUCAAAUCAUCAAUAUAUUCAUGUUAUUUUUCAAUCAUUUAUUAUUUUUAUUAUUUUUUCUCUAUUUUUUUUUGAAUAAAUCUUUCAAACAUGAAAAGAAAAUAAAUAUAAGAAAA